CUUUCUACUCCAGAUAUAACAGAUACUCGCAGGUUGCAGGCUGCUUCAUAUUUCUCUCUCACUUUCUAUCCAAAAAUCGAGUAAGAUCCCCAAAUCAUAUCAGAAAACAGUGAAGAACAUUAACAAUGGCUUCUCUUAAGAUGUUCAAAGCUGAUUUAUAUCCGUUUUUAGCUUCCCAAUCGUGUUUCCGACGGAAUGAACGACGUGGUUCCACCGGCAAUAUAAGAAUCGUUAAGUUCAGUCCAAACUUAGUGAUUAACAGAAGGUUUAGGAUUUCUUGCAGGAUUCAAGAUGCUGAUGAUAAUACCAAAACAAAUGGUGAAGAACCUCCGGAGUCUUUGUUUAUGAAGGAACUGAAACGACGAGGGAUCACUCCCACUUCAUUGCUCGAUGAAAGCUGGACUGCUUCCAUUAAUGAUGAGAUUAGGUAUAACGAAGAAGAUGGAAGCUUUUCAACCAGAAAAACUGUGUCAACAGAUCUUGAUAAAAGCCUUUUUAAUCAAAGGGAGCAAUCCAUGGCAUUGAACAGUGAGGGACUUGAGGGUUUGAUUCCACGAGCUAAAGUCUUGCUAAGUCUUGGAGGAACAUUCUUCUUAGCAUUUUGGCCAUUGAUCCUUUUAACCAUUGGAUCAUUCACUGCUAUUUACCUUUAUUUUGGACCAAAAUUUGUUCAUGAUGGUACCACAAAACAAAUACAACUACCACAAUAUAUUGAUCCAUAUGAUCUUCUAGAAGAUGAACGAAUAUCCCAAACUUCACCAAUGUUAAAUUAAUGCACAUGGGUAUUUAUAGAUUUUAGAGAUUAAAUGUAAGAUUAUGUUUGGAUAGAUUCUGUACUAUAUGGAUAAAGUGGCUGAUCGAGUAAUGAUGUGAUGUCUGUCUAGAUUGAUGUAUUCAUAAUGUCUGCUUAUAUUUUGAAAUGAAUAAAUCUUUUGGACAAGAUUAAAUGA